GCUGAGUUAGCGAUCUUCUGCUGACAGAAAAAUAUACCUGCUGAGGUUUCCCUCAUUCCUCCUGCUUCCUGAUAUUACUGCAGACUCUUUGCAAGGUUUCCUCUCACAUUUUUCAGUGUCUUCAAUGGCUUAUUUCAAAUACAAGGGGCUCCAAUUUGCUCACCUUUUGAUGUCCGUGGAAACACUCAGCUACGUGGAAAAUGAACUCCAACUGUUGGAUGAUGAUAUAGUGAAUGUCACUUACCCCAAGUCAGGUACCCAUUGGAUGUCGGAGAUCUUGAGCUUAAUCCAGAGUCAAGGGGACUCUUCAUGGGUUCAGAAGGUACCACUGUGGGAAAGGGCACCCUGGAUUGAGUUGGACGAACAUUUGAAGAUUGCCUUGAAAAAUCCUUCCCCAAGGAUCCUGAAUACUCACCUGGCAUUCCAGCUUUUCCCCAAGUCCUUCCUCCACUCCAAGGCCAAGGUCAUCUAUACUCUGCGUAACCCUAGAGAUGUGAUGGUUUCAAGCUACCACUUCAUCAAAGGCUUUAAAGAAUGGAAGGAUGCUGGGACUUUGGAAGAGUUCAUGGAGAGAUUCCUGAGUGGGGAAAUGGGUUAUGGUUCCUGGUUUGACCAUGUGAAAGGCUGGGUGGAGAUGAAGGAGAGAGCCAACAUCUUCUUCAUCACCUAUGACGAACUACAGCAGGACCUUCGAGGCAGCGUGCAGAAGAUCUGUCAUUUUCUUGGCAAGGAGCUAAACAGCCAACAAAUUGAGUCUGUGGUGGAAAACGCCUCCUUCCAGAAGAUGAAGGACAACAAGAUGUCUAACUUUUCCACAACACCAGAGAACAUUUUUGACCACACAAAAGCAACGCUCAUGAGGAAAGGGAUCUGCGGGGACUGGAAGAAUCUCCUGACAGUGGCACAGAGUGAACGCUUUGACCGUGUUUACUGGGAGAACAUGCGUGGUGUGAAUAUGACCUUCCCUUGGGAAUGAAGAAUCCCAGAUUGUUGCUCCUGGUGUUCUCCACAUUCUUAUGUGUCAUAUGGUUUGGCUGUUUUCUGCUACCACUGUGCUAAAUAAAUAC